AGUUUCUUUUUCUUUGGUUUUCGAACGCGGCCUACGAUUUUCCACAAAACGGGGCCGAUUAUAUUUUGUGAAUAAAAUCGUUGAAUUUUUAGUAUAAAACAUGGAAAUAUCUCGUUCUACACUUGGACUUGCAGCUGGAAUAGCCGGGACCCUGUUCCUUGGCUACUGCGUCUAUUUCGACCAACAACGUCGCAAGGACCCCUUGUUCAAAAAGAAAUUGAGGGACCGCAGGAGGGCAGCCCAGCAGGGUGGUUCUGCACGGAACCUCGGCGGUCCUCUGCCAGACAUGAGCGACCAUGAGGCCAUGCAGAGAUUCUUCCUGCAGCAGAUCCAGCUGGGUGAGGAGCUGCUGGCUGCGGGCGAGCUGGAGGCCGGCGUGGAGCACCUGGGGCAGGCCGUCGCCGUGUGCGGACAGACGCAGCAGCUGCUCAGCGUGCUGCAACAGACCAUGCCAGCCCCAAUCUUCCACAUGCUGCUGAAGAAGCUCCCGGAAGUGUCGGAGCGACUGCGGGCCUCCAUGAAGGCAAGCGGAGCCUCGCUACAGGAGGAAGAUGUGGAGUAGGCUAGUGCGGUUGUGGAGGUUUAGUGCUGUUGGGACUUAAGUUUUGUGUAUAAUGUGAAGUUUGUGUAGAAGUAAAGGGCAAGAUUACAAGUUACAAAACCCAACCAAUUAUAAAAUUGGUAAAUAACGCCCUUAACUCAAGGGGUUAUAGUAAAAAAUAUGGUGGGAUACGUAGUAUUAUAUCCUAUGGUGGAUUGAGGUUUAAAUUGAGUCAUGCUGGGCUGGGUUUUGACGAUAUUCUCGGACCGAGUGCUAGUCUGUUUUAUCAAGUAUGAACCUUGUAAAUAUCUCUAAAUCACUACCGUAAAGAAAGCUAUAAACAUUGUGUGUCCCUUAAAACAAUCGGAAUUUGCUGCGUUAGUCACACACGGCAUAAAGCCACAAACAAAGAUUGAUUGAUUGACCUUGUUCCUAUCAAGGAACAUAUGUAAAAGAUACGUCAUUUAAUCGCGGGAGAAUCUGAGAUUAAAAAACAGACUUUACAUUGAAUUUAGUUACAACAGCACUAAAUUUAUAAUUAAUUACUUCAGAUUGGCUCUACUGUAGUGGCUUUGUGGCAUUGGAUAUGUUUUACUUGGAAAUGUUUGUGUUAUACAUUAAUAAUAUUCUUGUGUCAAUAUGCAUAAUUAUGUUGAAAAUCUUGUCGAAUGAUACCAAAGAUAUCUUUCAUCCUAUUAAAUUGAUAUAAAACUUGUUAAAGGAUCUUAUCUAAUGCCGCGAACUCACAAGUCUUAAUUUCCUGUUGAAAUGUAAUGUAACCAAGGCACGGGUUAAUAAUUUGUAGAUUAAUUAAAGAACAGUAGUAUUUAAUUUAAUGAAAUUGAAAUAAAUUUACUAGAUUUCACCAAACUUUAUAGCAAGAUAUUAUUUUUGAUAAUCAUUUCAUUCCCAACUAUGUUGAAAGUUGAAAACAACUAACUCGUGCCUUUUGCAAAAUAAAGUUAGCGAUUAGAAUUAAUAAUUUAAAUAGAGAUGAUUAUAACGCCAUCUUUUGGCGCAAAUUUAUAUCUUGAAGCUAAGCUAUGGUUGGUCAAUAUGUUUACA